UAGAGGGAAACAACAUCAUAAAACAUCCAGGUCUAAAUAGUGAACUGGAAUGGGUGGGGCCUGUCUAUCACUGCUUUCUAGUUGUUUUAAUUAUAUUCAUUUCUUUUCAUAGUUUAGUCCGCUUCAGUUUUUUGUUUUUUUUAGUUUCAUUAUGGUUCCGUCUGGUUUCUUUAAAAAUGUGUAAAGUUUGCCUUUAAGCCUUAAAGCUCUGUCCAGGUUCAAUCAUGGAUUCUUCCACUUUUUUAGAAGCUCCUACUGCCUGGUUCUACUUCAUCCUACAUGGUACUACCUGGUACUUCUUGGUCCUACCUUGUCCUACCUGGUCCUCCCUGGUACUACCUUGUCCUACCUGAUCCUACCUGGUAGUAGUACUACUUGCUGGUAGUAGUACUACUUGUACUACCUUGUCCUACCUGGUCCUCCCUGGUAGUAGUACUACCUUGUACUACCUUGUCCUACCUGAUCCUACCUAGUACUAUUUGUACUACCUUGUCCUACCUGGUCCUACCUGGUACUACCUUGUACUACCUUGUCCUACCUGGUCCUACCUGGUACUACCUAGUACUACCUUGUCCUACCCGAUCCUACCUGGUAGUAGUACUACUUGUACUACCUUGUCCUACCUGGUCCUACCUGGUACUACCUUGCACUACCUUGUCCAACCCGAUCCUACCUGGUACUACAUGAACUACCUUGUCCUACCUGGUCCUACCUGGUACUACCUGGUUCUACCUUGUCCUACCUGAUACUAUCUGAUCCAACAGGGUCCCACCUGGUUUGAUCUACUGUAGGAUUUCUAUUCUUCUGUUGGGGUUAGUAUUGGGGGGUUGAGGAAAACUUCAGGACUCCUACAGCUCUGUUAACCUGUCGUGGCUCACAGAUGUGCGUGUCGAGGUGUCUGCGAUGUGUCGGAGUGGCCCUGGUUCCCAUGGCAAUAGUCUGCAUCCUGUGCAACAUCCUGCUGCUGUUUCCAGAUCUUAAAAUCCACUUCCUGUUGGAGAAACAUGUGACCAAAGAGGCCACCUGGGCCACGGGCCUGUGGGCCUCAGGGUUGAUGGUUUUGCUAGGAGCUCGAGGAUUCAUCCAGACCAGUAAGACCCGGGGCUGCUGCGCCUUUAGAGGCCAGAUGCUGUGUCAGGUGAUCUACUCUGGUCUGGCUUUUCUAGCUGCUGCCAUCUGUUGCUAUGUCAGCGCCACAGGCCUGGUUCAAGGUCCCAAGUGUCUCUACAACACCUCCUCUGGUUUGACCUGGGGAGUCCCGCUGAAGCCCAUCCCAGGCAGGUUCUCAGGAUAUCUGCACAAUCAGACUCUGUGGUCUGGUGUUUGUCUGGAGCCGAGGUCGGUGGUCCAGUGGAACGUGGUUCUGUUCAGCGUGAUGGGGGCAACCAGCGCCUUGGAGGCAGUCCUGUGUGCUGUCAACAUUCUGAACUCACUGCUCGGCCUGGUCCUGGGUCAGGGCUUCUGCAACAACAAGGUCAACCCGGGUCACACCUGAGGGCCUGUAGGACAGAUCUUCUCUGGAAAUGAUGGUCAGGUUUUCUGUCCGGAAGCCUCGAUGCACCUUUGAUGAUCUCUGAAGAUGAAGCUUGAGAACGGUUCCAGAAAUUCUUCUCUGACAUAAUUUUAUAACGAAACGGUUUCUGUCUCUGAAUUUAAAGAUGAACUUAUUUAUGUGCAUAUAAAACUUUAUUUAUUCACCUAUUGGGAACACUAAUGGAAUCUUUUUAUUGUGAUAAAGAGGACUGGUGAUACAGGUACACAGCACAAAGACAUUCUGGGAGGAAAAAAGAUCAGGGGCGGAGCUACAGAAUAUCGACCUGAACCUGUGUCAUCAGACACUUUUGAGUUGUGGUUUUAUUCACGUUAUCAGAAACUUUUAUCUAAUCUGCUCUGAUGGUGCAAUAAAUGACUGUGAACACUUUAGCGUCUGUGGCGUCAUGCUUACUGUGGUAGGUUCUGAGUUCAAAGUCACCAGUCAUGACAUGGACAACCCUGAUUGACUCUAGAGAGUCCGCUUUGAGGAUCCACCAGAACCCAAACUCCUGAACUGAACUGCAGAUCACAGGCGCCGUUACCAUGGAAACACAGUUUUAUCAAGCGCCACUGAAGGUCAUUUAAGGAGC